AUGCUCUUCCCAAUCCUGUUGAUCGCGACUGCAUGGGGUGGGUGCACCGGCGAUGUUUCGUUGAGUUCAAGCCAAGUGUCUGAAAUUCUGUUUGCUCACAACAAUUUGAGAAAAAACGAAGGGGCUUCCGAUAUGAAGGAGCUGAAAUGGAAUGAAAAAUUGGCUCAGAUGGCAAGUUCCUUGGUGAACAACUGCAUAUUCAUGCACGACACUACAAUUCCUGCCAACGUCAUUCUCCCUUACUCCGAUGUCGGUCAAAACCUUUACGCCGGCACGUCAUUAAAAGUCAACUACACAAGUUUCAUUAUGGAAUGGUUCAAUGAAAAACCGAAAUACAAUUUUGCCACUAAAACAUGCGCUGCUGGCUUCAAGUGCGGACAUUACACUCAGAUUUACAGAGAAAUUAAUAUUACUUUCGAAAUGUGGAAUUUAUAUUUUGAAGGUCGUGUGGGCGAACACAGCAGAAGUUGGUUGUGCACAUGCCGUUUGUCAGACGAGCAAAUUCGUCUACCCUGGCAGAUGAAGGUUGAAGAAUUUGAGAAGAAAAUCCCCUCCCCGAUCUUUUUCUGUGUUGCUCCGGGCCUAUUCUACACAUGUAAAUCCGCCUCUGGACUUUUGAAACAGCUUUUGCCAAGUUUUAUAUUUGGCUUCGAAAAUAUUUUAGAAAAUAUCAACCUGGUAGAAAAUACAAGUGGAACUUCGAUGGGAACUAUCCCGGUGAAAGCCCGUAUACAGUCGGACCAGCCUGCAAAGCAUGCCCUGACGCAUGCACUGGUGGGCUUUGCAAUUAACAACUGGAAUCGGAAAAUUCGACCCCUCUUAUGUUCGAAUUUCUGA